AUGGCUGAUCAAGCGCCGACAACCACUGCGCAACCCGCCGAGGCGGCCCCCUCCACCCAAAAGCCCAUCCACAGUCUCGUCGUCGACACUGGGCCUCUCAUCAAGAACGAUCCUCCGGCUGAUACCCUCCGCUCGCGUGCCGAGGCACUCUACAUUCUCCCCUCUGUCAUCCCCGAGAUCCGCGACACGGCGACACGCGCACGAGUGGAAACGCAGCUUCUGCCCUUCCUCACACUACGGUCGCCUGCGCCCAAGAGUGUCAACCACAUUAUUGGCUUUGCGAGGCGUACUGGUGACUUGGAGGUGCUCAGCAGGACGGAUAUAGAGGUGCUCGCGCUCGCCUACGAGCUGGAGCUGGAGAAGAACGGAGGUGACUGGAGGCUACGGAACCUGCCCGGGCAAAAGACGUUGAACGGAAAGCCUCCUUCAAAACAGGAUCAGACGGAGGACAAUAAAGGCGCACAAGAAGAGGGCAAAGAUACCGAACAGACUGUCGCAGAAGAACCCAAGGAAAGCACAGAGGAACAGUCUGCGAGUGCGCCGGCUAAGGUGUCUCGAGAGGAGGCAGACGAGGCAGCACUCGACAACGGCAUCGCCAAGCUCGACAUUGACGCCAAGGGUUCCAACAAGGACGCCGUCACCGACGCCGAGACGGCCACGCUCGAGGCGCACAAUGUGCCACACGAGUCUGUCGAGGCCACAGAUCUGACAGACAAGCCCCUUGUAUCGGGCGAAAAGGCAGACGAGGUCCCCCUCGAAACGGAGGAGGGCUCAGAGCCCGAGGAUGACGACGACGGCGACUGGAUCACCCCGACCAACAUCAAGAAGCACAAGGCCAAGGACACCAACACCUCUGCAAAGGAGGGCCAGACCCCUGUCACGCUUCAAGCUGCCAUUCUCACAUCGGAUUUCGCCAUGCAGAAUGUCGCCCUCCGCAUGAACCUCAACCUCGUCUCUCCCUCGCUGGCGCGCAUCUCCCGUCUCAAGACGUGGAUCCUCCGCUGCCACGGCUGCUUCAAGACGACGCGGGACAUGGAGCGCCGCUUCUGUCCGACGUGCGGCCAGCCCACGCUCACACGCGUCGCGUGCACCGUCGACGACAGAACCGGCCAGGUGACCCUCCACCUCAAGAAGAACUUUCAGUGGAACAAUAGGGGCAACGUCUUCUCGGUCCCCAAGCCGGUGCACGGCACGGCCAACGGGCGGGCGCCGCGCACCAAGCAGAACGGAGGCGGCAAGAACCGCUGGGGCAACGAGCUCAUCCUCGCCGAGGACCAGAAGGAGUUCACCAGGGCGACGGACGAGCAGCGCAGGACGCGCAAGAAGGAUGUCAUGGAUGAGGAUAUGUUGCCGGGCAUCUUGACCGGGCACCGUUCGGGUGGUGCUGACAAGAUCCGCGUGGGGGCUGGGCGGAAUGUCAAUUCCCGCAAACGGUAG